AUGUCGGCUGCUCCUGCUGCUCCUGCUCCGGCUGCUAAGCCUGAAGCAAAGACAAUUGUCUUGGAAAAUACUGCCAGACGUGAUGCUCUCAUUGACAUUGAGAAAAAGUACCAAAAGAUUUGGGCCGACGAAAAGAUCUUCGAGAUUGAUGCCCCCCAAGAUUCUUCUCUUUCCGCUGCUGAGCUUCGUGCAAAGUACCCCAAGUUCAUGGGUACCAUGGCUUACCCUUACAUGAAUGGUGUCCUCCAUGCAGGCCACUCCUUCACUCUCUCCAAGGUAGAGUUUGCUACUGGUUAUGAGCGCUUGAUUGGCAAAAAGGCCCUCUUCCCACUUGGUUUCCACUGUACUGGUAUGCCUAUCAAGGCCAGUUCUGAUAAACUUAUCCGUGAAAUUGAACUCUUUGGCGAAAACUUUGAAAACGCUCCUAAAGAUACCGAACCAGAACUUGAACCUGUUGCCGCUCAAAAUAAACCAAAGGAAGAUGUCGAAAAGUUUGUUUCCAAAAAAUCAAAGGCCGUUGCCAAAACUGGCCGUGCUAAAUACCAGUAUGAAAUUAUGGAGCAACUCGGUAUCCCCCUCGAAGACGUCAAGAAGUUUGCCGAUCCUAAUUACUGGCUUACCUAUUUCCCUCCCCUUUGCCAAGAAGACUGCACAAACUUUGGUGCCAGAGUCGAUUGGAGACGAAGCUUCAUCACUACUGAUGUUAAUCCUUACUACGAUGCCUUUGUCAGAUGGCAAAUGAACCGUCUCCACGAAAGCGGAAAGAUUAAGUUUGGCGAACGAUACACCAUCUACUCGGCUAAGGACGGUCAACCCUGUAUGGACCACGACCGUGCCUCUGGUGAAGGUGUGGGCCCCCAAGAAUACACUGGUAUUAAAAUCGAAGUCAAGGAGUUCCCUGAAACUGCAAAGGAAGCCCUCAAGGAUGUUGACUUGUCUAACAAGAAGGUUUACCUCGUUGCCGCUACCCUCCGUCCUGAAACCAUGUACGGUCAAACAUGCUGCUUUGUCAGCCCCAAAAUCACCUACGGCCUCUUUGAUGCCGGUAACAAUGAAUACUUCAUCACUACCGAGCGUGCCUUCAAAAACAUGUGCUUCCAAAAACUUACCCCUAAGCGCGGCGACUGGUCGUCCGUUGCCCAGAUCCCUGGUUCUACCCUCAUUGGUGCCGUUAUUGACGCUCCCCUUGCCAUUCUCAAGGACCUCCGCGUCUUGCCCAUGGAAACUGUUCUUGCCAAUAAGGGUACCGGUGUUGUUACCUGCGUCCCCUCUGAUUCUCCUGACGAUUACAUCACCACCCUCGACCUUGCCAACAAGCCCGAAUACUACAAGAUCAACAAGGACUGGGUUAAGACUGAACCCGUUGCCAUUAUAACUACUCCUUCUUAUGGAGAUCUCACCGCAAAGACUCUGGUUGAACAGCUCAAGAUCCGCUCUCCUAAGGACAAGGAACUCUUGACUAAGGCCAAGGAACUCGCAUACAAGGAAGGCUUUUACCAAGGUGUCAUGGUCAUUGGUCCCUACAAGGGCGAAAAGGUUGAGGUUGCUAAGCCCAAGGUUAAGGCUGACUUGAUUGCUGCCGGCCAGGCCUUUGUUUACAAUGAGCCUGAAGGUGUUGUCAUGUCGAGAUCUGGCGACGAGUGUAUUGUUUCCCUUGAAGACCAAUGGUUUACUGAUUACGGUGAGGAAAGCUGGAAGGCUGAUGCUUCCAAGUGCCUUAAGAACAUGAAUACUUACUCCACCGAGACUCGCCACGCCUUUCAAAAAGUUCUCGACUGGCUCAACAACUGGGCUCUUUCCAGAAGUUAUGGUCUUGGUACCAGAAUCCCCUGGGACCCCAAGUUCCUUGUUGAGUCUCUUUCUGACUCCACCAUCUACAUGGCUUUCCAAGCUGUUGCCCACCUUCUCCAAGGUGACUUUUACGGCAAGGUCCCUGGCUCUCUUAAUAUCCAGCCCGAACAAAUGACUGACGAUGUCUGGGACUAUGUCUUGCUCCACAAGGACGACAUCAAGUCCGAUAUCCCCAAGGAGAAGCUUGACAAGCUCCGUAACGAGUUUGAAUACUUUUACCCUCUGGAUGUUAACAUUUCCGGUAAGGAUCUCAUUGGUAACCAUUUGACCUUCUUCAUCUACUGCCACUGUGCUAUCUUCCCCGAGGAGUACUGGCCCGCUGGUAUCCGUGCCAAUGGCCACUUGCUCUUGAACAAUGAAAAGAUGUCCAAGAGUACUGGUAACUUUAUGACUCUCAAGCAGAUUGUUGAAAAGUUUGGUGCUGAUGCUUCCCGUAUUGCUCUUGCCGAUGCUGGUGACUCUCUUGAAGAUGCCAACUUUGACGAAACUAAUGCCAACGCUGCCAUCCUGCGUCUCUACAAUUUGAAGGAAUGGGCUGUUGAACUUGUCAAGGACUCUGAUAAGCUCCGCACUGGUCCCAAGGAUUCCUUCUUUGACAAGGCCUUUGAAAAUGAAAUCAACGAGCUUAUUGAGGAAACUAAAAAGGCUUACGAUGAGGCCUUCUACAAGGUUGCUCUCAAGUAUGGUCUUUUCGACUUGCAAUCUGCCCGUGAUUACUACCGUGACUCUACUGCCACCUCUGGCAUUGGCAUGCACAAGGACCUUGUUUUGCGAUACAUUGAGGUCCAGGCCUUGUUGCUGUCACCCAUUGCCCCCCACUUUUGCGAGUACCUCUGGCGUGAGGUUCUUGGCCACAAGGAGAGCAUCCAGAACGCUCGUUUCCCUGAAAUUAGCGCACCUCUUGACAAGUCUCUUUCUGCUGCUUUGGAGUAUGUCCGCAGCACUCAACGUGCCAUUCGUGAGGCCGAGGGUGCCAGCAUGAAGAAGAAGAAGGGUAAGGCUACAGCCACCACUUUUGACCCCAAGAAGCCUUCCAAGCUUAGUCUGUAUGUUGCUCUGUCUUUCCCUGAAUGGCAGGAGGCUUACAUUGAUCUUGUCAAGGAUGCCUUUGAGAAUCUUUCUCUUGACUUUACUCCUGAUUUCCGUCAAAAGGUUUCCAAGCUUGGUGAUGUCAAGCGUGGUAUGCAAUUUGUCAACUACCUUAAGAUGCGUCUGACUGGCGGCGGCGAGUCCCCUGAUGUUGUGUUCAACCGUAAGCUUGAGUUUGACGAGUCUGAGACUCUUAAGGGCGUUGUUCCUGUCCUCAAGCGUGCUCCUGCUGCAACCAAUGUCGAAAAGGUUGAGCUUAUUGCUCUUGACCCCAAGGAUGCUACCAAGGGUACUGAUCUUUUGACUGGUGAAGCUGUGACUGUUCCUACUGCCAAGGCUAUCCAGGACGCCAUUCCUGGCCAGCCUGGUAUUACUCUUGUUAACUUGUAA